UUCUGGAAUCCAAGUUGCUCAACUGAUACUUUUCGUCGUAAACGUUGUUUCAUCUCACCGAGUCCAUUCAUCUCAAAUCGAGGGAAAAGGUGCUGGUGGCCUGUGCGCAGCGGAUGCCUAAGUAACGAGGUGUCUGUGGACCCCCGUGAGCUUUUCCCGUCUCGCGGCCAAAUCCGGGUUUGCCAUCUAUCAAUCGACUCUGUCGGCAACACCAGCGUCACUCUCAACCACCUUCAAACACCCGUCCUCGAAGUCGCCCCUCGCCGACCCCUCGAGUUCUGCACCUGGCGACAAUGUUGCCCUCCUCGGUGCGGCGCGUGGUCGCCUCGGCACCACAGGCUCCUAUCGUCGCCUCCCUCAGCACCUCCGCUCCGAGAGCGGCUACCGCGACCUUCACCCUUCAGCAGAGACCUGGCGGCCACCAGAGACGAUGGUCCUCGUCAAGCCCCUCCAGCCCGAACAACAACGGCUCCAAGGACAUCCCCGGCCAGGGCCAGUCCGUCCAUGCCUCGACGUCGUCCAACUCCAGCAGCAGCAAGUCCAACGGUGAGAAGCGGAAACGGAAGAGCAAGGACACCGCCGAGAGGGAGGCUACGCAGAAGUUGCCUAGCGUGCCCAGCACACAACACUUGUCUCAAGAGGCCCUGGGAUUGUCAACCUUUUUCUCCCUGCAUCGACCGAUAUCCGUGACCCACAGCAUGCCCAAGUCGGUGACGGAAGAAGCCUUUGCCGCCAUCUUCAAGCCCCGGACCAAGGCGAACAAGGUCACCGACGUCAUCUCGACACUAUCGAGGACGACUGACGAUCUCGAGGGCGCCAUGGCCAAAAUGACGGUCGCGAGCCAGGAGGUGGAUGCGUCAGGCGAGCCGGUUCAGAAGAUCGACCUCAAGCACCCCGAUGGUAGCGAGUCGAGCGUCUACGUCCAGCUCAACUCCAUGGCCGGACAGUUCGUGCCCUUCCGCCCCCCUCCCGCGCCCGAGGCCAUGGGCGCUACCGAUGCGCAUGCUGAGUCCGCCAUUGAGGACUCGCUUGACGAGACCCCCCACCACCGCGUCUACAAGGCCAUGUUCACCAUCGAGGAGACGACCGACGCCGACGGCCAGGUCCAGGUGCUCGCCCACAGCCCCAAGAUCAUGCAGGACGAGGUCCCCCGCUCGUUUCUCGAGCGCAUGGCCCUGCGCCAGAUGAGGUUCGACGAGGCGCAAGGCCACGACACCAUGCAGGCCAUCAGCGUCAAGCGCCAACGCAAGUUGAAGAUGAAGAAGAAGAAGUAUAAGAAGCUGAUGAAGCGCACGCGCAACUUGCGCCGCAAGCUGGAUAGAAUAUAAGCUGAGGGUGGCUGUAUAUACAAGCCCGCAGUUUUUUCGCGUUCUCUCUUUUCCUUUUUCCAUAAGCACAUUUGGGCAGACGGUUUCUCUCAUAAUUGGUGUUCAGCCAGGCAUCACUGAUGGUAUCAUGUCUUUUUCUUUGGCCAGUCGUCGGGCUUCAUAGAGAGUGAGAUACAGAGACAAACAGACAGACAGAUCUGCAUCAUAUAGCAAUCAUCCGACUGUUUGCAUCCUGAGACCAUCACUCAUGAUGACUGUGCUGCAACCCCCAGAGAUGCUGCGGAGCAUAGGUAGAGACGGUGCGACAGAGAGGGGGAGAGAUCCUGUACAACAAAAGAGUGUAUUACUAGUUCCACAAGAGAAGGAAGAAGGACAC